AUGCUCCGCGUGGUCGAGAAGCAAGAUGGCGGACGCUCUGGAUGAAUUUAAGAAAGAAACUGGAUGCGUCCCGAUCCUCCAUCCCGAGGAAAUUAAACCCCAGAGUCACUAUAACCAUGACUACAGCGAGAGCGUCAGCCGCAAGAGCCACGUGGACGACUACAGCACUUGGGACAUCAUCAAAGCCACCCAGUAUGGGAUAUUCGAGCGAUGCCGUGAGCUGGUGGAGGCCGGAUAUGACGUGCGUCAGCCGGAUAAAGAAAAUGUCACACUCCUGCACUGGGCGGCUAUCAACAACCGCAUAGACCUGGUCAAGUACUACAUAUCUAAAGGUGCCAUAGUCGACCAGCUGGGAGGAGAUCUCAACUCUACACCACUGCACUGGGCUACACGACAGGGCCAUCUCUCCAUGGUGGUGCAGUUAAUGAAGUACGGCGCUGAUCCUUCUCUCAUCGAUGGCGAGGGAUGCAGUUGUGUGCACCUGGCCACUCAGUUUGGACACACCUCCAUUGUGGCGUAUCUCAUUGCCAAAGGACAGGAUGUGGAUAUGAUGGAUCAAAAUGGCAUGACCCCUUUGAUGUGGGCGGCUUAUCGGAUGCACAGUGUUGACCCGACACGGCUGUUGCUGACGUUUAACGUGUCGGUGAAUCUGGGUGAUAAGUAUCAUAAGAACACGGCUCUACACUGGGCGGUUCUGGCUGGAAACACUACCGUCAUCAGCCUGCUGUUGGAGGCCAAUGCUAAUGUCGACGCUCAGAACAUCAAGGGGGAGACGCCACUGGAUUUGGCCAAACAGAGGAAAAAUGUGUGGAUGAUAAAUCAUCUGCAGGAGGCCAGACAAGCCAAAGGUUACGACAGUCCCUCAUACCUGAAACGGCUCAAAAUGGACAAGGAGUUCAGGCAGAAGGUGAUGUUGGGAACUCCGUUCCUGGUGAUCUGGCUGGUGGGAUUUAUCGCCGAUCUGGACAUUGACUCCUGGCUCAUCAAGGGUGUGAUGUAUGCAGCGAUGUGGCUCGUCGUGCAGUUUCUGUCCAAGUCUUUCUUCGAUCACUCCAUGCAUAGUGCUCUUCCUCUGGGCAUCUAUCUGGCCACUAAGUUCUGGAUGUACAUCACCUGGUUUUAUUGGUUCUGGAAUGAUCUCCCUUUCGUCACCAUCCACCUGCCCUUCCUGCUCAAUAGUCUAGCUCUCUUCUACAACUUUGGCAAGUCCUGGAAGUCCGACCCUGGUAUCAUCAAAGCAUCCGAGGAGCAGAAGAAAAAGACUAUAGUUGAAUUGGCAGAAACAGGCAGUCUGGAUCUCAGCAUAUUCUGCAGCACCUGUUUGAUACGGAAGCCAAUCAGAUCCAAACACUGCGCUGUUUGCAAUCGAUGCAUCGCCAAGUUUGAUCACCACUGCCCGUGGGUCGGCAACUGCGUAGGAAGUGGAAACCACCGUUACUUUAUGGGCUACUUGUUCUUCCUGUUGUGUAUGAUCUGUUGGAUGAUAUACGGAUGCAUUUGCUACUGGAGGAUUCACUGUGCUACCAGCUACACUAAAGACGGCUUUUGGAUCUACAUCACCCAGAUCGCCACCUGCUCGCCGUGGAUGUUCUGGAUGUUUCUCAACAGUGUGUUUCACUUCAUGUGGGUCGCUGUGCUCAUCAUGUGCCAGCUCUACCAGAUCGCUGUUCUGGGCAUCACAACAAACGAGCGCAUGAACGCCAGAAGAUAUAAGCACUUUAAAGUUACAGCCACGUCCAUCGAGAGCCCUUUCAAUCACGGCUGUAUAAGGAACCUCAUAGAUUUCUUCGAGCUGCGCUGCUGCGGUCUGCUGCGGCCCGUGGUGGUAGACUGGACCUCCCAGUACACAAUAGAGUACGACCAGACGUCCGGCUCAGGAUACCAGCUGGUGUAGCGCGGUGAAGGAGAAGAGGGGAGAGGUUUUCCUGAAGUGCUGCUCAAGGGGGACCAUCUCCUUCACCAAGACUUGCAAACCUCACCCAGUCAGGAGAACGCAUGCUGUCAUUGGUUACCGUCACCAACUCCACCCGAGACGCAGGGACACGAGGAACAGGAAGAGGAGGAGUUUAAUGACAUCAGAGGCGGAUGCAGUACAACCGGCUCUCCUCAGUUGGUCAGCAGAGACGUUUUUUGUGUUUUGUUUCGCACAUCGACUGCUUUCCGUUUUACCUUGGUUUUUUCCUGUGACCCCUUUUUUGUUGCUUUUAAAGAGAUAUCGGAUCUUAGUCGUGCGCAAGUCCUGGUUCAACCUGGAACUUUGUGUAGGAAUGAGAAUUAGCAUAGCAAAAGCAUCAGGCGAUAUAGCGUUUGUGGUUUAAAGGAAUUGUUCUGGCCCAAAAUUAGACUUUUAUUAUUAUUUAUUCAUCCUCAUGUCGCAUCAAACCCAUGUGACUGACUUUCUUACGUGGAACACAAAAAGAGAUAUUUAGCAGAAUGUUCAGGCUGCUCUUUUCCAUAUAAGUAGAAAGUGUUGUUUUUUUCUACAGAGAAAGUUAUACGCAUAUGUUUGGAACGACAUGAUGAUUAGUAAAAAACGGUAGGUGAACGAUUCCUUUAAGCUGCCUUGAUUCGUCUGAUCAUGAAUCAGAUCAAAACAGGCAUCCUAUUGACACGCAUUCAUACGACUAGAGAGAUGCCCUGUUUAAAUAAUGUGACUUAACAUAUUUAUUUUAACCUAUUUAUGUAGUAUUUUUCAAAGAGUAAUUAUGGUAUCAUGAGGUCAUUUUACAUUUUAGCAUAUAUGUACAUUUGCAGCAUGUUUAAUAGUUUAGGUGGGGUGAAUCCUACGAAACGUGUCAAGAAGAUGAAGCCGGGUCAUAUUUCACCCAAAAAUCGAAAAGAAAAAAAUAUCAGAUUAUAUUUUGUUUAGAGAAAAUGAAGCCUGUUUUUGCAUUUUAUUAUUGUUUUCAUGAAAAUUAAAUACAUUUUCUCCAUAAUUCUCAUUACCAUCAUGCACAAAAACCUCUUCAUUACUGUAUUUAAAUAUCAAAGUAUUUAUAUUAUACUGCCUUUAAAUUAUGCUAUUUUUUAAAUCAUUUUAUUAUAGCCAUUGUUUAAUGCAAAACAAAAAAAAUACUGUAUUGCUAUGAGAAUUACAACAAAAACGGCUGAACGCAUUAUGGUAAUGAGCACUGGGAAAGAGAAAUGUGCUGAAUUUACAUCAAUAUAACAUUACAAUAAUGCAGAACAGUCUUCACUUUAAAAAAUAAA